UGCGAGAAGGACUAGCCUGCAUCAGUCUACGUCGCGUCCCUUGCAAAAGGGUACGCUCGUCUUCACGUCGAUCGCUGAUUUACUUAUCCCUCUAUUCGGGUUAACACAACACACAACUACGACAGAUCGUUCGACCACACAUUAGCCGUUUCUGUGAAUAUAAUCGCGGAACCGAGAUCCUUGAAACGAAAAGGACAACACACCGUGAAAAAAACCUCAUGGUGCCUCUGUGAAGGAACCUUGACGCAACCUAGGAACGACUUGACGCCGUUUCGAAUCGGCCGUACCCAAGACUCUAAAUUGACCGCACAGAUAUUUUUUCCGGACACCUGACGCGCGUGUCGUGAAAUUUUCUCUUGGUGAUUCGCUGGGCCCGAUCCGCGGGUGUGUGCGUGUGCGUGUCGUGCGCGUGUGCAUCGUGUCGCGAGCGGUUUGCGCUCCUUUACCUACACCGCUUUUUAUCGUUCCCAUAAAUCUCGCUACGGAGAGGAGAGAACUACAUAGAACGCGCGCGACUCGGUACUUUUCGGCACGCGGCCGAAUACCUCCGAUCAUCGGUCCCUCGGAACUUCCCCCUAGCGAUCCGAUAGGGAAGAAGGGACGCGCAAAGAAGAAAAUUCAAAGGAAGUCCAGUUAAGCGAGGCCGGGGCUGACGUGCCGCCACUGAUUUCGUUCACGGAUGCGUCCUCGCCAGACAUAACCUGUAUGCGCUCCAUGAACAGGAAGUUUCUCGUGGUAGGAGUGGGCGGUACGAAGAGGGAGACGCCGGUCGAGCCUUAAAUAUCGAUUUUGGCAUGCAAGAGGUACGAUAGUCCGUCCGUUUCCAACGUGUCUCCUCUACCUUUGUGCAUCUCCAUGCUGACGAGUUUUGACAGUUGAGUGCGAGAGUUGGUGCGUCGAGAGGAAUAUCGCGUGCAUCGACACGAUACGAAAACAAUAUGGUGGCGCGGCAUAUUCGAGCCGAAAAUUAACCGCACAGUGAACCGUGUUAUAUAUAUUUUUUUGCUCGACCAAUAAUAGAACGCAAUGUGUGUAACAGCAACGUCGUUGUUUUAAACGGAAGGAAAUAGGGGAAAAAGUGUCGCGGUUGAAAAUGUUGUUUUCGGAUCAUCGUGUGUACAGACACUUUGUCUAUAAAACACGUUUGAGGCAGAGAAAUUCGGUGACUAUCGAUCGAUCGUCUUAUUAAUGCUGGGCCAAGACGCUAUUUCUUGGGUCCGUUUCACGGAGAUUUCGAGGUUUUUCGACAAUUUUGCACACCGGAGGUGCUCGAGAUUCGAUCCGAUCGCGUUCACUCUGGCCAUCGGGAUCACACGUAUUCGUCCAGGGCAAGCUAACCAAGCGAAGGAAAAUGAUAUUGCUCCACGCUGCGUGCGUUCUUUCUCGUAACAAGUGAAGCCCGCGAUGAUAGUGGCCGAACGUGAUAUAUUUAAUACCGAAGGAAUGGAAUAAUUUCGAUAUACACGUGAUAUUAUAACGCAUAGAAUAGAAGGAGAUUCAAGAAUAUAUAUAUAAAUAUACAUAUAUAUAUAUAUACACACACACAUAUAUAUUUCAAGAAAAAAGGAAUCAACGAAACUGCCAGUGUCUUCACAGAUUUAAUGAUCCCUGUCGGAUAUAGGACAUAUUCAACUAUUAUGAUACGCAAGCUCCAUUUGUAAGGGUCUCUUUGUUGCGUUUACUGAUCAAGUAGACGAUGACAUCAUGGUGCAGCAUUGCCGAUUGAGAACUCCAUGGACUACGGAGACAGUGUUGGUAACAUACCGAUGAACCCUUCGGCACUGUUGCCUGUUUUUUUCAAUACGCCGAAGCUGGCGAUAGUUCUCUAAGAAACCACUGGAAGAACGAUUCGUACGGAGGAAUAAUCAUUUUCACCACGCAGAUCGAACGGCGGCGUGCAAUUUAGGAACAUGAACGAACGAAUAACACGCGAAACCGUAUAAGAAAAUAAUAUAAACGACGAAACUAAAAACAAAGAUAUCCCCUCGGCGUUAAUAGAUUAUAGUCUCUUCACGAUAAUUCCUUUCAAAUGAACGCGUUCACCGGUGAUCGCCAAUUAAAUCUUGACAUGUCGAUUAUUUGAAAGCAAAAUAAUAGCAAAGAAGAAAAACACAGGCAAAAAGAGAAACGAAAAAACGAAAGAGGAAAAAAUAUCAAGAGUUAUCCACGCGUCAUUUCGUUCGAUAUUCGGUAAAAAAAAAUCGUUUCGGCCAAGACGCGCCGCUAACACUGGAUAAAAAAGAAAAUCUACAUCGGGAAGAAUGGUUUCGAGGUAUGGCGUCUCGAAGGAGGGCGCAGUGGGUGUUGCCGUAGGUGUAGGACCUAUGCACUGUGUACUGCCACAUUGCGGGGGACCCCAUCACCACCAUCACCUUUCGGCACCCCAUCCACAGAAUCCGCAGCCGGGUCACAACCACCACGUGCAUCCGGCCCAUCAGCCACCACCCUCGCCGAGUCCCCACUUGAAUCAUCAGCUGAGCCACCAUCAACUGACCGUCAACAUUAACCAUCUGAGUCAUCAGCAACAACAACAGCAACAGACACAGCAUCAGCAAGCACCGCCGCAAUAUCGCGUGGUCACCGCGAAUGCCAGAUCAGACUUUCAUGUGUCUGGACAAAAUUACGGCACCCAACCAGGGGGCCAGGUGGGCGGGGGAGGGGGUAGCGUAGGAGUACCUGGGGGCAGAGGACCUCCACCACUCGGCGGUUUGCAAUCCAUAGGACAAUCGGCAGCAGGUAUACCGCCAGGAGGUCCUGCUGGAGGGCAAGCACCACCUCAAACUCCGGCACCCGGAGUACAAUCACAACAGCCGCAAGGUCCGGCACCGACUACCACACCCCCCGUGCACACCCCAUCGCCUCAGGAAAUGGGAAAACAGGCUCAUUUACAACCUCAACCUCAGCCUCUAUCACAAGUAUAUGGGCCUACACAAACAAGGCCGACCUCUCAAGGUUAUUACCAACAAGGUGCAAGACCGCAGCAACCAAGAGGUAUUAGCCAUAGGGGAGGUCAAGGAGGUACCGGUGCACAGGUAGUGGGAAUGUCAGGUGUUGGCGGAGGUGGAGGUCAACCAACAGCAAUAUUUCAUCCUAGUGGUUUGCCAGUUCAAACCGGAGCAAUGUACCAAGUCCAAAAUAUUCAUCCUGGCCCACAUCAGCAGUCCGUAUACCCCAUGAACAGUCAAAUACCCCUUCAGGUACUAUUUGGAGGUCCGCCCCAGAGGCAUCAAACACAUCAAAAUCAGUCAUAUUUUACACCGUUUCAAAAUUCAGCUAUUCUUACAACGCAACACAUGUUUGGAUAUGGUGCGCCUCCACCAACUCCUCAACCUUAUUUUUGGCCUGGACAGCCUGCGAAUACACCAUUAAGUUUAAGUAGAGCAGGUGCAAGUGCUGUCACUGGUGGGGCACAACAUGUUGGAGGCCCGCUGGCCGGAGCCCAAGGAGCCCCAGUUGUACCUCAAGGUACACUUCAGCAACCUACACAACAGGCUCAGCCUUUACCUGCAAUGGGUAUAUCUCUUUCUCAGACUGACGUGUACUCAGGCCAUAAUGGUGGUGCAACAAACACGGCGAAUAGUACGAUAAAAUCUCGGAAACCAAGAGGACAAAACGCUAUUACUGAUAUUGUAGAUCCUUCGACUGGGAAAAAUAUUAGUCACGAAAUUUACAAGGAUAAUGAAACAAUUCCUAGUGGUGAAUCUAGUAAUCGAGAGACACCACAGCCACAGAACAAUGACGCUGAGGUGCAAGCCGAUUUUGCGGCGCGGGUUGCAAAAACGCUAGUGAAAGUCGCGACCGAAGAGUCUAAUUCCGACUCGACGGUACCGACUAGUAUUGUACCAAACACAACCACCACUCAGAAUCUAACGCAGAGUUUAUCAAGUUCUCAAACGAGUUCUAGUAACGAUGCGAACAGUCAGUGUAAUACUAGCUCGUCAACGCAAAAUAUACCUACCGUAACCGCGUUGUAUAGUCACUCGGCAUUAGGUACUGCUAGUAACGUGGCUCAAGUAGACUCUAGUGCGGUAAAAACAGAGUCUAAACCACUCCAAAUUCCUGUCAAGGAGUUUCAACCUCGUGGCGAGAUAAAAAGUGUAGUCAUUGAGGAACCACCACCACCUGCUGCUCCACGUAAUUUAAACAAGGAUGAUAUUUCUGCGCAGUUAUCCGCGAUCACUGUAACGGAGGAUGAGGUGAAAAGUACGAGUGCUUCACCCACCGUCACACAGGUGUCAGUUCCCCAAACGACCGUACCAAGUACGAACGUUCCAGAGGUCCCUAAACCGUCCGCCACUGCCCCAUGUGCUAACCCCCUCCCUGCCAGAGAACCGUUCCCUAAUUUAUCCAGUAAGAAUUCAUCAAGUUCACCACCUAGAAGGAAAUCUCAGACUCACAGUCAUAAUCAACCUGCUGCCGCGACGGAGCUACAUUCGAGUGCCAAAGAACAAAAGGAGAAGAAAACAAGGGAGAAGAGUGUCAGUUCCAGAGGCGCUACUCCCACACCUGCUCAUAAUCAGACUGACCAUCAUCCAAAGGCCAAUGGAGAUGCAAAUGGUGACAAGCCUGAACCUGAACCUCCUCGGAAUGAACAGCAACAGCAAAAACCAACUGAUGGUAAAGCCAUGCAGAAGCAAAAGAGUAAAAAUAAACUCAAGCCACGUGAACUUAACCGUAAAGGAGCGGAGAAAGAAGGCACAGACAUGGACGCUUUCGUGAACACUGUGCCGCCGGCGAAAACCGAGGCGAAGCAGGAGACCAAGGAGUCGUUGCCGGUGAAGGACAGCAACAAGGAAGCUAGCCGGGAGACGACGAAGGAUAUCAAAGAGAAGGACAACUACGAAUCAAAAAAGGAGAAGGAAGCCGCCUCGACUCCCGCGAAGACGGAGAAACACGUGACCACUCCUCAGACGCCGGAGAUCCUGAAGGAGAGCCCGCUCGCGCAGCCGCCUGUCACGGAAAAACUGCCAAGUAACGAAGAGACCGCGAAAGAAGCCUCCCCGAAGAUAGAAGAUAACAAUAAAUCGAAUGUCUGUAAUAUUCAAGCGAAACCAGUUCCUAAUAGCGACGUUGUCGACAACGCGAAAACGGGCAAAGAGUCGCUAGCUCUUGUCAUAGACGAUAUGAGAGCGCUGAUAGCGCAGAGGAAUGACGAGAAGUCGAAGGCCCCGGCGAGCCGAACACCGAACGAGGAGAAACUCCCGGGGCCCACGCCGACGGAGAAAUCAAACGAGAACGAGUCGCCGCCUCAGACGGAGGGAACCGCUGCGAAUCAGAUAACCCUCAAAUACAAGUAUAAGGACGACCAAUGGAGUCCCAUAAACAAGAGCGGCAAGAAGAUUUACGACCGUGAGUUCCUGAUGACUCUCCAGGAUGAUCCCAAUAGCAAGACUAAGCCUUCGAAUCUACCGGACUUAGACGUCGUUUUGAAAGACGGCCAGAAGGCACGUGCUCCUGUAGAUCUCCGGGCCUUUAGGGACUCGAGCGUGAACAGACACGAUUCCCUGUUUCCUGUAUUCAUAAGGCCAACUCUAAAUUCACGACCGCUGGCGACGAAUCGCAAUAAGAGUCAUUCAGGGAAACCGUCUAAGCCGUCGAAAUCAACCGUUAUUCACAUGUCGUUGUCCUUGAAAGAGGAUGUAAAGUUAAGAGAAACCGAGAACGCAUGGAAACCGACUAGAUUAAAAGCGAUUGGUCUUACCGAGGAAGAAACGAAAACGGAGGCGCUUUACAAGAGAGUGAGGAGUGUACUGAAUAAACUCACUCCACAGAAAUUUAACACUUUAGUCGAUCAAGUGCGGACGUUGAAUAUCGACACACUGCCACGACUGCAGGGUGUCAUCAAUUUAGUAUUCGAGAAGGCGGUCGACGAGCCAAAUUUCUCUGUAGCGUACGCAUUAAUGUGUAAAGAACUCGCGCAGAUGGAGGUCUCGGGUGGUUCGGAUAAAAAUCCGGAUAGUCAGGAAUGCUCACUCAAUUUUAGAAAGCUCAUUUUAGAUCGAUGCCAAAAGGAAUACGAGAAGCAUUCGUUCAACGAAGACGCGAGGAAUGCGAAACUGAAACAAAUCGAAGAAUGCCCAGAUCCCGAGAAGAGAAAAGAAAUGCUAUCGAUUUUCGAAGAGGAGGAACGUCGAACGCGUAUAAAAUCAGUAGGAAAUAUACGGUUUAUUGGUGAGCUAUAUAAACAAAAAAUGUUAACUACUAGUAUCAUGCGUGGCUGUAUACAACAGUUGUUAGAUCAAAAUGACGAAGACAGUCUCGAAUGCUUGUGCAAAUUAUUGACAACUAUUGGAAAGGAUUUAGAAUCGAAGAUACUAGAGGAAAUGCAAGAAUAUUUCAAUAGAAUGAAUGAUAUCGUUCAACGGCGAGGAGAAGGAAAAAUUAGUUCUAGGAUUCGUUUUAUGCUGCAAGAUGUCAUAGAUUUAAGAGCAAAUAAAUGGGUUCCAAGGAGGGUCGAUAGCGCUCCUAAAACAAUAGAUCAAAUUCAAAAGGAAGCAGAGUCUGAAAGAUUAGAUAGCCAAUUGAGCAAUACUCCUUUGAAUACACCACGAAAAGAUGAACGUGCUAGUGAUAGAAAAAGAAAUCGUGGUGUUGGUCCAACUGACGAUGCUGGUUGGAGUCAACCAAUCGUAAGAACAAGACAACCAUAUACCGUUGAGACUGCGAAAUUGAAAAAUAAACCUCCACCAAUGGAUGAUUUGCAGUUAGGUAGCAGAAAUAUGUACAUGUGGAAAACUCCUUCGAAUUGUGGAUUAAAGACAAUAAAUUCAAAUAAAUUCGCAUGCUUACAAAAUAUGCCGCCAACUUUCGAACAAGAUAAACGAAUGAUGUCUCCACAACUCUCUGGAUCGAGAUCCACUGGUCCUAGAGAGUAUGGCCGCGACUACAAACUUUCCUAUGAUGGUAGGAGUUCACGCAAUGGUAGUCAUCAAUUAAGCAGUUCAUCGUCAAGUAGAGAUAGUUCGUUGUUAGAUAAUUCACAAAAUCAAAGCGUUUCUAUGCCACCAUCGGUAAAAUCAUCGCAAUAUACCUCUAGUAGUCACAAACCUCCACUGUCAGAUGAGGAGUUCAUGAAAGCUUUGAAUACUAUAAUGACGGAUUACCUGAAAAAUCCUAUGGUGGAAAAAGCUGCAUUGGCUAUUCAACAAAACUUCGACAAUGCGUUAUCCAAAUUCGUUCGUGAAUUGAUCAACUUCGUUCUGGAAAAAUCGCCUGUCGACAGAGAACGCGUGUCGUAUCUGAUAUCGCAUUUACUCACACAACAAAUUUUGACUUUACAACAUCUUAGAAAUGGGUUCAUUGAAAUAUUGGAGGUCGUAGAAGAAUUGAUGUUGGAUAUACCGAAAGUUUGGUUAUAUUUUGCACAGAUAUUGUCGUAUCCAGUAAAAGAAGAAUUACUUCCCCUACAAGAACUAAGACCUGUAUUUGAUAGUUUAAGAAGUCGAGGAUGUGUAGGCAAAUUUCUUGGAGAAUUGUUGUUACAACUAUCUCAAGAUAAAGGACCCAAAUGGGUGGCACAUAAGUGGGACCAAAGUGGGCUUCAGAUGAGCAAUAUAAUUGAUACAAAGCUUGAAGAAGUUGACAAAAUUAUUAAAGACUAUGAGUUGGAUUUCUGCACUGGUGAUUAUAAUAGUGCCAAAGGCUCAACAAGUAGUCAACCUACGUUACCACAAAUUCACAAUGAACUUAAAAGACUUACAAAGGAAAGUAGUUUCGAUGAAAUUUGUAAGUGGAUAAUUGUAAAUGUAGAUAAUCGAGUCAAGGAGCCUGAGUUUAUUCGAGUAUUAACAACUGCCAUUUUAGAGACGUCCAUGGAACCUGUCAAUAGCAGAUGGUAUCUCAAAACUGAUCGUUUUACUAAUUUGCAACAAUUAAUUCGCCGAUUCGUCGAUGCAAAUGAAUCUUUAGAAUUGCAGUGUCUUUAUGCAAUUCAACUCCAUUUGCACAAAUUACAAUAUCCGCAUGGGAUCCUGUUUGAUAUUAUGACCAGUUUGUCCGACUACAAUAUAAUUUCGAGCGACGCGUUCCUAACGUGGAAAAACAGUCCUGAGCCGGCUCAACGUGAAUGGCAUGGUGUUGCAACGAUGGCGCUGACAUCGUUUUUCACUGGUUUACAAGAAGCUGAUGAUGCUUCCAGUGUAGAAGACGUAUCAACCGGCGUGAACCAAGAUCGUUGUUGACGAUACCGUGAUCGGACGCAUUAUCGUCUGCUAAAAAGACUUAAAUAUACGUUCCCUCGUUAAA